AUGGCCACCACCGCCGCCCCCGUCCUCUCCCUCUCGGCCCCUUCCUCCGGCUCCACUUGUCCGCCCGACUACGCCCACGUCUCGUUCCCGCUCCCAAACAAGCGCUACGUCGGCAUGCUCAAGUGCCAGCUCGACCCGCUCGCCACCACCCUCGACACCGAAGUCGUCCGCUGCGACAAGGUCAAGCCUCAACCCGCCCCCGCCGCCGCACCGACCAAGGGCAAGAAGGCCGCUGCAGCACCGGCCUCGACGACCGACUCGAAGGACGAGUACGAGGUUGAGCUCCUGGACAGCGUCCUAUUCCCGGAGGGCGGCGGCCAGCCCUCGGAUACGGGCGCCCUCGUCGCCCUCGUCGACGGCCAGAGCGGCGAGCACCUGCGUGUCAGCGUCCGCCAAGUCGUCCGCCGCAACCUCGACGCCGUCCACUACGUCGACGCCCCGCUCGAGGUCGGCACCAGGGUCCGCGUCGAGGUCGACAUGGCCCGCAGGAUCGACCACCAGGACCAGCACACGGGCCAACAUCUCCUGUCGGCCAUCUUUGAGCGCGAGCACGGCCUCGACACCCUGUCGUGGUCCCUCCAACGCUUCCCCGAGCUCAACUACGUCGAGCUCCCGCGUGCGCCGACCCCGCAAGAGCUCGUCGCCGUCCAGCAGCGGUGCACUGACCUGAUCGGCGAGGCGCGCCCCGUCCGGGUCCGGUGCGAGCUCGCGACCGAGGGCUCGGGCGUCGCGCUCGGCGACAAGGUGCCCGACGACUACAAGUGCGACGAGUCGGGCGAGCAGAGGCCACCUGUGCAGCGCACCGUCACGAUCGAGGGCAUCGACGAGAACCCCUGUUGCGGCACACACUACCCCUCGCUCGCCUACCUCCGCACCCUGUACCUCGCGCCCUUCACGACCCCGAUCCGCGGCACCAACGCGCGCGUCUACUUUGCCUCGGGCGCCCAGCGCACCCUAGCCUACCUCGCGACGCAGCAAGCACCCGCACGCGAGGCGGCCCUCGCAGCGGGUUGCGCCCUGCCCGACCUGCCGGCCAAGGUCGACGCGCUCGUGCAGGGCGUCGCCGAGGCCAAGCGCCGCGAGAAGAAGCUCGCGGGCGAACUCGCCGGGUUUGUCGCGCGCGACUUGUGGGAGCGGGCGCAGCAGGGGCGCGAGGGCGAGGGAGCGGGAGCCGGGGCGAGGGCGUCGACGCUGAGGGAGGACGACGCGACCAACUCGCUCGAGUUCCUCGCGUCGGUCGCGGCCGAGCUCAAGCCGCGCAUCGACGCCGCCGCGCCCUCGUCGUCGCUGUUCGUCCUCGCGUGCGGCGCGACGGCCGGCUCGCCGACGGCCGCAGCGGCGGGCGGCGCCGUCCUCAUCGUCGGGACCGAGGCGCUCGUCGUCGAGGCGGGCAAGCGCGUCGUCGACACGUUUGGCAGGGAGCGCGUCAAGGGCGGCGGCAAGGGGAGGUGGCAGGGCAAGGUGACGGGCCGGUGGGAGAACGGCGACGCGCUGCUGCUCAGGCGCAUCGUCGACGAGCUGUAGACGGAGACGUGCGCUCGAGCCUCUAGAAUGCCAUCCUCCCCUUCCGUCGCCGGCUCA